CUCAUCACCACAGCAGAGAGGAUGAAGCAGGUUCCUGUAGAUGACACUGAGGACGUUUCCCUGGAUAUAGGAAAUGAAGAAGAACUUGCUCUACGGAAAUCGAAAAUCAGGCAUCCCCUGGCCACGUUUUUUCAUCUAUUUUUUCGUAUUGGAGCUAUUGUUGCUUAUUUGUUCUGUGACUGGUUCAGCAAAAGCUUUGUCACGUGUUUUGUCACUAUCCUGCUUCUUCUGUCCUUUGACUUUUGGUCUGUUAAGAAUGUUACUGGUCGACUACUAGUUGGCUUACGCUGGUGGAAUCAGAUUGAUGAAGAUGGAAAAAGUCAUUGGAUAUUUGAAGCCAAAAAGGUUUCACCUAGUAAUUCUACAUCAACAGAAGUUGAGGCUCGAAUCUUCUGGCUGGGUUUGAUUAUCUGCCCCAUGAUCUGGAUGGUGUUCUUCUUCAGCACGUUAUUUUCUUUGAAGUUAAAAUGGCUGGCCUUGGUGAUUGCUGGCAUCUCCCUCCAGUCGGCAAAUCUUUAUGGUUACAUUCACUGUAAAACUGGCAGCCAUCAAAAUGUGGGGAGGACAGCCUCACGAUUUUUGUCCCAGCAGCUCUUUCAACGGACUCUAUGAAAAGAGAAGCCAGCUUUCCAAAUAAUCUCUCUACCAUCAAUAGGACAUGAAAGGAAUGACCGGAACCUGUAUACAUUCUAGUGCCUAGGGGCUGUUCACUCGGCAGUUUUGUCAGUGCCACUCCAUGCUAAAAAGUCGCCGGCAUCCAAAGUCCCACUGUUUUCAAAAGAAGACCAUGAAUGAUUGUCUCAAGAAAGAACUGAAUCUGCACUAAAUUCUGUCUGCAAAAGCCAUUGUGUGAAUAUCCUCCAAGAUGCUUUCAAUUUCAUAAUGUUUCAUUUCACUGGUCAGCGUUUCUCUUGAACCCUUUGCCUACUUUUAAGGCUCAUGUACACGACUGUUGGCGUUUUGCUGUUCGUUCCGCUUUUUGUGGAAUGGUCAGCCAAUAAUAGAACAGCCCUAUCCUUGUCCGCAAUACGGACAAUAAUAGGACAUGUUUUAUUUAUUUUUUGCAGCCAUGCAGAUGCGGAACCCCCACACAUCAUUUCUGUUGUUUUUGCGGCCCCAUUGAAGUUAAUGGUUCUGCAUACCAGCCACAAAAAAAAAAAACAGAAUGGACAUGGACAAAAAAUAUGUUUGUGUGCAUGAGCCUUUUCAGAUGGUCAUGUGCGGUCCAGGAAAAACAAACAGUCUCUGAACAUGGCUCGACUGUACAGUGUUCAUUUUAGGACAUGGUCAGAUAUCAUAGUCACGUAUCAAAAUAAUGUCAGCGUGAGGCAAAAUACUCACCCUGAUACCUGAACACUGUACGACUGACCCAAGCUCAAUGCAUCAUAGUGAUUUACAAUGCUGUAACUUCUGAGCCUACAUUCCAGUACUCACUGCAUCAUUUGAGUACAGGACAUUAUACCUGUGGUUGGGCCGACAUCAUAACAGAUCAGUUUCGGUCGGCUGAGCUGCAUUCAGUCCAGGAAUUUUAUCUUUUUUGAGUUCAUAUAUGGUAUUGUUUUCACUGA